AUGAACUAUUCCGAAUAUUUCGCUGACCCUCAUCGCCAGUGUGCAAUCGUCGCCCAUCGUGGCUUAUGGAAUGAAGCUCCCGAGAACAGCUUGCUUUCUGUCCGACGAGCCAUUGAAGCUGGCUACGAUAUUGUUGAGAUAGACGUACGCCGUACUGCUGAUGGAGAAUUCGUACUGCUUCACGAUAUAACCCUGGAUCGAAUGACUGGAGUCGACAGGAAGCCGGAAGAGUUGACUCUGGGAGAACUGAUAUCGCUUCCACUCAGGAACCGUGAUGGAGGCCCAAACAAUCCAUUUACGGAGGAGAAGCUGCCCAGCUUACGCGACGUCUUUGGCCUCACACGCGAUAAGAUUUACAUCCACCUCGACAUAAAGCAUCUACACGUCAUCCCGGAAGUGCUGGCAUAUGCACGGAAGAUGGGCGUCGACAAGCAAGUGGAUUUCUGGGCCGAUUUGAAGACGGAAGAUGAUCUAGCUUGGAUCAAAGCAAAUAUCACCAUACACGGCGUUCCAUUCAUCGCACGCACCCAUCUCGAGCAUGAUGACUGGCAACAACAAGUAAAGCUUGCUCUCGAGCUGAAGCCUUUAAUUUGCGAAGCCUCGUUUCGGGACAUCUCACAGGUCGAUGCAAUACAGCAGCACUUCCAUGAGGCAGGAAUCAAUCUCUGGGUCAACACUUUCGAUAGUGUCGCCUCUUCAGGCUUCACUGACAGCGCUGCAUUGGACAAUCCUGAGGCGGUCUGA